GUAAAUGGUGCAAGUAAACUCCACACGUGCUGAAUGCUGAAAGAAAAUGUAGAAAAUGGCGACGACACAGAUAUCUUCGUUCUCUGAAGACGGACAAUAUCUUGCUUAUUCAAGUCCAGAUGGUACUCUUAGAAUUUAUGAAUGUGCCACAGGAAUUUUGAAACAAGAAUAUAGCUCGACGUCUCACUUGUCAGCGACAACAUCAGCCUUAUCGUGGAGCCGACACAGAAAAGAAACGAUUGCUCCUCCCAAAUCGAAAAAGAAAAAACUUAAUGGUGAUUCAGCUGUAUAUCAAGAUGAUUUGAAACUGAUUGCAUUGGGUACAACAGCAGGAACUGUCAAUCUUUAUAGUUUUGCCAAAGGACUCCUGCAUUCGCAGUUGACGGGAGGACACUCUCUGAAGAUCAAUGAUGUCUGUUUUCACUUGUCAAAUCCUGAGCUGUUCACGUGCUCAGAUGAUCAAACAGUUUCACAGUGGGAUUUGCAGAAAGGAAAAGUGAAACACAAAUGGAAAUGUGACUCUUCUAGCAUCCACUCCAUCUGUCAGUGUUCUCGUCAGCAUUUGCUCACAGCAAGUCACACUAUUAAAUUAUGGGACUUGACCACGAGGACUGUGUUACAGACGUAUACAGGUCAUUCCUCACCAGUGUUCCGACUGUUGCCAGUUUACCUUGGAGCAGAUGCUUCAAACGAAGGAGAUGCAUCUUAUGUUCUGUCUGCUGCUGUGGAUGACAGGCACAUAAGUGUAUGGUGUUGUGGCAGUUCUGUGAAGGAGAAAAAUUCCAUAGCUUCAUUUUCAGUACCAGAUGAACCAGUGUCUUUGUCCAUGUCAAGGCCUUCUUCGGCUUCCCAGGCCUUGGUACUUGCGGUGAUAACUCGGAAAGGCACAUUGCACAUUUUUGAACAGACCUUAAAUGGGAAAAAGAAGAAACCAAUAGUAAGCAGGGUCCGUGUGAAGGGAGCAUUAUCUGACAGCGGUGGUGAGGGAGAGGAUGAAACAACAGUACCAGUGCUGGCAUCUUUAGUUCAAUCUGGAACUGUUUCUGUUGCCCUUGGCAAUCCAGUGAAGCCUCAGUUUGAAAAAGUGGUGUACGACACCUCAAAGCCGGAAGUUGUCAUCAAGAUUCAGACACCUAGCAAAACUCUUGCUAAGGAGGAGUAUUCACAGGUGAAACGUCCAGAGAUUUCUGAACAUAUGACUACCCUUCGACCAGCUGACUCCCAACCAAUGCAAGCUAGCAAAAACAAAGACAAGAAGAGGUUAAGGCGGUCAUCAGUGUCUGAUUUGACUGUUGAAGAGCGCCUUAAUGCAAUGGGAACUGAAACACCAUCUGUUGAUGGCCCUGUGAAACAACCACCAGUAGCGAAUACCCUUUGCAGAUUACUGCAGCAGGGUUUGCUCUCUGGGGAUCGCAAGAUCUUAACGGGUGUUUUUCAAGAAACAAAUGAAACUAUCGUGAGAAAUACUAUCAAGCGCCUCCCAGUUUCAUGCAUUGUUCCUCUCAUAAAGGAAAUUGAAAGAGGCAUGCAUGGACACGCACAACAUGCAUGUAGUUUGAGCAGGUGGACGUCAGCUCUAAUUUCUUGUCACACAUCCUACAUACUGUCUGUUCCAGAGAUCAUCAACACAAUGAACUCACUGUAUCAGACGUUGAUAUCACGACAAAAGUUCUUUCCGAAAAUGCUGCAAUUGAAAGGGCGUUUGGAACUUGUCAAGCAAAAGGCUUGGUCCACCGACAAUGAAGAAGAGGCAGAGGUUGCUCCACUUUUGGUUCAUCAGGAUGAGUCAGAUUCGGAAGACAGUGAUAGCAUGGUGAUUGAUGGUGCUGCAUUAGAAUCGGAUGAGAACUGGGACGAUUUGUCUGAUAUGGAAUAGUUAACAACUUGUACAGUGUCCUUUGUACCGUGUGCCUGAGCAAUGUGUGAACAUGAUCUUUGAUGUGACAGGUGGUUGCUCUUGAAUGAUCGAGUGUUCAGAUUUUCAUUGAUAGUAUGUAGGUUGAAAAGAAUUCUGUCGUGAUUACUUGAUGACAUGGAUAUUUGGUGGGCGCUCUGAUGUGGUUUGCUCCUUCUUCCUAUCAAACACUUAUCUUCCUUAUCUCUCCUUUUUUUGUAGGUUACUCUCUUGUAACACCUCCAAUCUUCGGAUGUUACUCUACUCUCUAGUAACACUUCUAAUCUUCAGGACUUUUAUGACUUAUUUUUAUUGCAAGUGUUGAAAACUUUUACUAAAACUAAUUGGAUGAUGUACCAAAAAAAAAAGCAGGGCUCAUUACUUCCUAUUCGUUCAGUUAUUAAUUUGCAUGAAGCUGUGGAAAGAGAGAUAGUUUGCCUGUGAAUGCUGUUGUGUUUAUUGAGAGUGGUUGUGAGAGUGGACUGGGUGACAAAAUAAUGGUAUGGUAUUUUUCACUGAUACGCUUAUCAAUGUCCAUAAGGAAAGCUCUCAUAUUGUAAGAACGCUAUGAGUAUGAGAUGGUUAUGUCAUAAAAUUUGGCUUUGCAUUUUCGUGUAUUUUUGGACCAUGCUAUGUUUGGAUUUGGUGAAUGAAUAAUUUGUCCACAGGCUGAGACGAUUGUCGUUUUAGGAUAUUUACAUUAUUGGCCUCAUUAAGAAUGGCAUACUUGUAUAUGUAUAUAAAUCAGUGCUUGUCGACUUUUUCAUUGCCGCAGCCCUCUUUUGUUACCUUUAGCUUGGUAAAUUUUAAGGCCCUUGCUAUUUUUAAGGUCGUAUGAGCGUAAUUUGCUUCCUUUUAGAGGCUAACAUUUUUAUAAUUUCCAAAAAGGGUGUAAACAUCUGUCACUACUUGGGUGACCCCCACUGUCCACCAAAGUAACCGAAAUGUUCGCUUGUGGGCGAUAUCACCCAGGUGGUUGGCAAGCACUGAUAUAGAUGAAAGGUACACAAAGUUUCAAAACUAGUGAUUGGGUUGAUUGAAUGGUCUGCUGCCAUCACACCGCGCAAUUGAUUGGUUGAAGAAAAGGAUACCAGAGUACUGAUGGGCUCGAUUUAGGAAAGAUAUAUGCAAUGCAUUUGAUAUUGGAGUAGGGGUUAUCAUUUUUAUUUAUUUUUUGUAGUUCAGUGAGAUUGGCAGGUGUGUAUCUUUUAAUUUUACAGGAAUGCCCAUUGAUUUGUAGGAAUGUCUAUUGACAGAUAAAAGCAGAAUUAAAAGGAACUGGGACUGGAGGGGGGGGGG